AAGGUCACCCCACGCUUGGCCGGGUUUUAUGUAUUUAUUUUUUUUUUUCCUGAAGACCGUCUUUAGGAAAAUUUGACUUUUUUUUUUUAUCGUCAUGCAGAGCUCCUUUGUUAGUUAACGCUAAUCAAAGUCCAUGAGAAACAGUUCUUUUGAUACAAUCACAAAUAGUACCAUUGCUACUCAAAAGAUGGCGGUCCUUUUUGGAAUUCAAAUUGGAAAUUUACCUGCAAUUCAAACGUCCUUCAAUGGCAGAUCAUCCGACAUUUUCUUAGGUCUUUGGAUACGACCCUUGCUAUUCUACAACAAACGUAAAUAUUGCUAUCACCUAUACGUUAUCAUGGACCACACAUCUCUUUUUAAAUUAUAAUCGCUCCCCCUUUGGCAGGACGGCGGGACGCAGCUGACAACAUCAAAAUUAUUGAUGAUGUCGACGUUACCAUCAGCGUUUAAUUCAAUAACCGGAGAAGGUGAACGUGCCAUAGCGAAACCUUUAGACGCGCAUGCGGCGAUGCACGCGAAGCAACACGGUCGAUGUUUGCGCUGCUUGCAUGAAAGUACUAAACCCAUUGGUGCCUUAGUUGCCGCACGAAAUCGCAGUAUGAAUGAAACGAAUUCGACUGCCGUUCGUGUGUUGGCGAGUUACCACGACGUGCCCAUCAUGGCCCUAACUGUGACCUUUGCUCAAAUCGUUUUCCGUCUCACCGUCGUCUCUGUUGGCCUCUUGUUAAACGGCGUCGUCUUCUUGGUGGUGAGCUGUUCGCGGCAGUUGCGCUACCCGCGUCACAUCUUCUGGGCGGCCGUCGCGCUCGUCGAUUGCCUUUUCUUAGCUCAAUGCGUUCUGGAACUGGCCGUCAUUGUCAAUCACGAUCGCCUGGCGUGCGCGUUCAAUGUUCUAUUGGCCUUCACAGACUACUCGAUCCUGUUGCUCUUCCUGUGUCUAGCGGCCCUCGAUCGCUACGUGGCCAUUGUGCGUUACGAAAGGUACAAACGAAGCGUCACGAAUCGAGCUACUGUCACCUUACUUUCCUGUGCCUCUGGCGUGACGUUCGUCGUCAUUACGAGCCCGUUUUGGACGGGCCACAGAUCCGUCCACACCUGUACGAUCAAUUUGGCGCAGAUGUACUGGGUUUUCACCUGGAAUUCGUUACUGGCCACCUUUUGCGUCUUUCUUCACGUCGUUAUCUUCGUCAAAUCGAAGACAAUCAUUCGUGCAUACUUUCCCAAUCAUCGGCAACCCCCCAUUAGGCUCAAAUUCGUCAACUCUUCGGCCCGGUUGCCUGGCCAACAUUCUGGUAAAGUUUAAUUGCCGAGUCCAACGCCUCAUCUUUAUCGCUUCUUUUCAUUCGCAGUGGAUUUAUUAAGAGAUAGACUGGCCCACGCACGUAAGAUUACCUCAAUCGAUAUGAUUGUUUAGUUGGCCGGGCAAAGCGUUCAGUUAUGGGAUUAAUGCAUAGCUACAAAAACCCAAUAACCUUUUUUUUUUUUUUUUCUGUCGGAAAAUGAAAAACAUUAAUUUCGUUUUAUUUAUUUAUAGGUAACGUAGGAGGCGACAGGGAACUGUCCAGAGCUGCAGCAGCGUCUGGACCAGUGCGGUUAGAAAACCCAUCAUCGUUGGAUAGAGAUCUCAUUCAAAAAAUGGAUCGCCAUGGAGACGAUCUUCGUGCACCAAUUGCUCACGUGGACAGUGAAUGUUUUCCCUGGAUGCAGGGCCGCUCGAUAGUCAG